AAACACCACUGAAAUAUGUCUAAUAUAUUUUUUAGAACCAAAAAUUACUGAUUACAACAUAAAAUUAAUGAGUGGAAUACACAGUAUCAACAUAACAUGGAACAUUAGUAUAUCAAAUCGACUAGAAUGCAAUAUUAAUAAAUAUGUUUUGACGUUAAUGUCAAAUCAAUCACAAAAUCAAGUAUCUGAUGUACAAGAAAUACUAUCAAGUAAAGAUAGUGGUCACUUUUGGAAUAAUCUUGUUUCGGGUUUUAAAUAUAACAUAAAAUUAACUCCUUCGACAAGUAAUGGGACGUUACCAUCCUCACCAAUCUAUUCAAUCACUACUCCUAUGACAAAAAACGAGGUUCAAAUAAAAAAUAUUACUACUAAAUAUGAAAAUGGAAAAAUCAAAGUAAACUGGAUAUUGGUAUAUUCUCAUCAUCAUUACACGACAGUCGAUGAACCAGUAACAUUAAUCAUCAAAUAUAAAGUGAAACGAAUUCUCAGCUGUUCCAUAAGAGAAGUAGAACGAAAUUGGACGUCAAUAACAAUUUCCAAUCAAACAAACUAUGAAAUCUCCGAUACGGUGCCAAAUUCUCAAUAUAGUAUACAAGUUUUGGUUGACGUUAAAGACAAAAAUACUACUCAACAAGAAAAUAUGAUUAAUGUAUUAACACCAACUUCAAGUCCAAUAACUGAACCAAUCUUAGAUCCUGAUCAUCCAAUGUACAUAACUUAUAACUCUAUAUUUGUUCAGUGGAAAAUGGAUCCCGAAAAUUGCUCAAAACUAAAUGGAUUUUUCUCUCAAUUCUAUAUAGAAUUAAAGGAUAAGGUUGAUGACGUUUUACAAAUGAGAGAAACGAAAAAUAAUUACAUUAGCUUUAACGAUCUAAAAACAAACACAACUUAUGAACUGAAAGUAUUCAUAAAAACACACUUUGGUUAUAAUCUAGAACAUUUCCUACUCACCAAUUUCAAGACUAAAUUAGAAAAUUUAAAACCAGUAGAAGAUUUAGUGGUUUAUAAAAAGAGUCUAAAGAAUCGCAUGGUAGGGUUACGCUGGAGCUAUACACAAGAUACAAAUGUAGAAGGAUUUAUAGUUUCGUUUAACGAUAAAAACGUUUCCAUCAUAACACCGCAGAAAUGCUCGGCGUGGCCAGAAUACUAUUGUCAUACAUUUUAUAAUUUGAGUCCAAGCAACAACUACAUAUUUAAAAUAAAGCCAAAGUCUAUUGAUUAUCCAGAAGGUGGUAAAGUUUCGUCUAUUUCUUUUAACAGCACCGAUGGACUGCCCGAUUCUCCAAUGAAUUUAAAAACGACUGAAAUCGGUAGCACUACAAUUGCUCUCCAGUGGGAUGUUCCAUGGAUAUUCAACGGUGUAUUGAAAAAUUUCACUAUAAACGUGGAUGAGAUUUCAUCAAAUAACACGGACAGCUUUCCCCGUAUUUCAGAUAUGCCUGUUGAUGAAGAACUACCUACGUAUAACUAUACGAUAACUAGACUGCAACCCGGAUCAACAUAUUCAAUUGGAGUUUCAUCUGUAUCCAAAUCAUCAUGGCACAGUAUGCCAUCUACACUGUCUGUCACACUUCCAACUGUUUAAGAAAUAAUUUUAGUUUUGUCUGACAUACAAAUGAAUUUACAAUAUAUUUUUGUCACUUAUACAAAAUUAAUAAUGUAGUUUAUUACUUACAUAAUAUUUUUUAUCAAGUAAAUGAACUAAUUUAUUAUAAAAUAUAUCUUGGUAUUAUAUCAUUUCACAAGUACCAAAAAAUAAUUAUCCGCAUAUUGAUAAAACAACGCUUGUGAGUAGAAUACCGGUGAUCUGUAAAUUUUGUUAAAUUAAAACGAUUAAUAAACAAUAA